AACAGGCGUUCCCCCCGCGGCGGCGUACCGACCCCUCCGAGGGCGAACGAAAAACCAGUGCGAUCGAGCGACACAUACAGCGCGUACCUGCUAGAAACACAUAAACGCGCCACGCUUCGCGAUUAUGAUGAACCGAACACAACAUUACACGCAAUUAUUCAGUGAAAUAAUGUAAAUAAUAACGUUAAUUAACAUUUAGUAUAGUUUUAGUGCAGUGUGAAACCGUGAGCAUUGUUUACCGGCCGGCGAAAGCACGCGACAACGCUCCCGAAAAAAAAAAAACUCAAAUGUCCGUGCAAGUGAGGAUGCUUGUGUCAGUCAGUGUAGUGUAUUAAAAUAGGUAAAUGUAUAAACGGCGUGCUAUGAUCGUAUGAGGAAGAAAAGCACAAGGAACAUUAUGUCGGUGGGGCUGCAGCGGCGCGUGCCGGCGCUGGACGAGACCGGCGGCGGCGUGCCAGCGGCGUGGAAGAGCGGCAACAGCGAGCCGCCAUUCGCGUCGUUCGCGCCGCCAGCCGGCUCCCCAGCCGGGCCGGCGUUCGCCGCCUCGCCGGCACCAUCGACGCCCGGCCCGGGGUUUGCGGGCCCGCCGUAUGCGGCGCCCGGCCCCUUCGGCUCGCCCUCAGCGCGGCCGGGCUCCGGCGGCGGGUUUCCACCGGGGCCCCCGCAACAGCCACAUUUCCCUGGGCCGGGGUUUGCGCCCCCGGGCUCUCCCUUCCACCCGCACCCCCCACAUCCGCCUAUGCCGCCACACCCGCAUAUGAUGGCACCCUUGCCGCCGCCUGUUGACAGGCGGCACGCUCCUUAUUUUGGACAACCAGACUACAGAGUUUAUGAACUGAAUAAGCGGUUACAACAGAGGACAGAGGACUCAGAUAACCUGUGGUGGGACGCGUUCGCGACAGAGUUCUUCGAGGACGACGCGACGCUCACACUCACCUUCUGUUUAGAAGAUGGACCUAAGAGAUACACGAUAGGCAGGACAUUGAUACCUCGAUACUUUCGCAGUAUAUACGAGGGUGGAGUUUCAGAGUUAUACUACACGAUGCGGCAGCCGAAGGAAUCGUUUCACAACACAAGCAUCACCCUCGACUGUGAUCACUGUACCAUGGUCACGCACCACGGGAAACCUAUGUUCACUAAAGUAUGCACGGAGGGUCGCCUGAUCCUGGAGUUCACGUUCGACGACCUGAUGCGCAUCAAGACGUGGCACCUGGCGGUCCGCGCGCACCGCGAGCUCAUCCCGCGCGCCGCCGUGCAUCCGCCCGACCACGCCGCGCUCGACGCGCUCGCCAAGAACAUUACGCGCCAGGGGAUCACCAACUCCACACUUAAUUAUUUACGGUUAUGCGUGAUCUUGGAGCCCAUGCAAGAGUUGAUGUCUCGACAUAAAGCGUACGCGCUGUCUCCCCGCGACUGCCUCAAGACGACGCUCUUCCAGAAGUGGCAGCGGAUGGUGGCGCCACCUGAGUCCCAGCGGCCGGCGAGCAAGCGUCGCAAGCGUAAGGGAAGCGGCGGACCCAACGCCGCGCCCCCCGCGCCCGCCAAGAAACGAUCGCCCGGACCUAACUUUAGUCUCGCCUCGCAGGAUGUAAUGGUGGUAGGGGAACCAUCUCUAAUGGGCGGAGAGUUCGGAGAUGAGGAUGAGCGUCUCAUAACGAGACUGGAGAACACCCAGUACGAGGGAGCUGACGACUGGAGCGCCCCUCCCCCUGCCUCGCCAGCCAAGACUCCGCCCAAUCACUGACAUCCUCACCUGCCACCCUGCCAUCUUACACCCUGACCGUACACCACUCUGUAACCUAGGAUAGGUUUUUUAUAUGUCUAGAUCUCUAGAACUUCCUUUUUUGCAACAUUCCCAUACAAAACUAGCUAAUAUCUAUACAAAAUUUGCCUAUAAAUCUAAUAUAUAAAAAA